UUACCCCUCUAAGGACUACCUACCCUAAGGGAACUCUAGCAUAAAGAUGCUUCCGUGUUUGACACGGAAGAACCAGAGUUUGUGGGUCAGACAGCAGGCUGAACCGUUUUGAGGCAUCCUGCUCCGCCCUCACCAACACCAUCACCACCAUUACACUACCAGCCGGAGACGGUUGAGGCUGAGUAACAGUAGAGUUUCCCACAGUCAACCUGAGCGUCAUGUCGGACGGCAAUGAACUCGGUGAGUAACUGAGUGACUCGCUGCGUGGCGUCAAAUGAGAAGAGUUUAGAAGAAGCUUUGAAGACACACGGAAUGGCAGCAAACGGGACACAGAGCGGAGAAACGGGACUUUAGUUGAAGUGUGGCCGCGACUUUAGACUUUACACAAACCUGUGUUGGAUUGAGGAAACUGAAGCAGCCACAGCAUACCAGAAGACAACAAGCAGGGUGGAUGUUUCUUCUAAGUAGCACAUGGCCUGUAUUCUGCUGACAGAAAUGGACCCACCCACCUCCGGUCCCACAGCAAAUGGCCUUCACCCAGACCUUGAUCCAGCCACUGGACAUGACCCCAAGCAGGACACAGAUGCCAUCUGCCUCACUGUCCACCUUUACUACUCGGGGAAGGAUGGAGGAGGCGGUGGUUCUGAAAACGGUUCAGAAAAUGCCCUCACGUUUCCACAUGGGGAGUACGUGGCAGAAGAACUGUGCAUCAGUGCAGCGAAAGCAUGUGGGAUUGCUCCAGUGUACUGCAGCUUGUUUGGCCUGAUGAGGGAAAGUGACAGAAUAUGGUUUGCUCCUAAUCACGUCUUUAAAGUGCACCAGUCAGCUAAUGAGAGCCUACACUUCAGAAUCAGGUACUAUUUUCCUGGCUGGUACAACAGCGGCAAUUCAUUGUAUGCUCAUCGCCAUGGCAUGUCCAAAGAAACGGAGAGCGCUGUGAUGGAUGACUGUGUCAUGGCAUACCAAUUUUUUCAGUGGCGUAGUGACUUCCUGAAUGGCUGGGUUCUUAUUCCAGUCAGUCACGAGGCCCAGGAGGAAUGUUUGGGUAUGGCGGUGUUGGAUAUGAUGAGGCUCGCCAAAGAGAGUGGUCGGUCACCUGUGGACAUCUACAAUUACACCAGCUACAAAUCCUUUCUGCCGAGAUGCAUGCAAAGCCGCAUCCAGGAAUAUAACAUCGUGACUCGGAAGAGGAUCCGCUAUCGCUUCAGGAAGUUCAUCCAGCAGUUCAGUGAUUGCAAGGCCACGGUGUGCAACCUCAAGCUCAAAUACCUGAUGAGCCUGGAGAUGCUGCUGCCCUCCCUCUACACCGAGCGCUUCCAAGUCACCGACCUCUCGGCACGCGAGGUCACCAUCGUCGUCACGGCCGACGCGGGCAUCCAGUGGUCAAAAGGGAACGAGGAGGAGGGAUCAGAGGAGGAGCUGCAGAAAUACUGUGACUUCCCAGAGGUGAUCGACAUCAGCAUCAAACAGUCCAAUAAGGAAGGCUCUGUGGAGAGCCGCAUAGUUACCUUCACCACACAGGACAACCAGACCCUGGAACUGGAGUUUCAUUCGCUCCCAGAGGCUCUGUCAUUUGUGUCCUUAGUCGACGGGUAUUACAGACUGGUUGCAGAUGCGAAUCACUAUCUGUGUAAAGAGGUGGCUCCACCAAGACUUCUGGAGUGCAUUCAGAGCUACUGCCACGGCCCUGUGUCGAUGGAGUUUACGAUUGGCAAGCUGCGUCGCUCUGGUAACCACCAAGGCCUGUAUAUCCUUCGCUGCAGCCCCAGGGACUACGACAAAUACUUCAUGUCUUUUGUGGUGGGGGAUGAAACUAUGGUGGACUAUAAGCACUGCCAGAUCGUGAAGAAGGAGUCAGGAGAGUACAUUCUGAGUGGUGCUAAGAGGAGCUUCGGCUCACUCAGGGAACUUCUGCACUGCUACCAAAAGGAGGCGCUCCGCACUGAUGGAUACACGUUCCAGCUGACCAGGUGCUGCUCACCCAGCCUCAAAGAUAAAUCCAACUUGGUGGUGUGUAGAAAUAAUCAAGGGGCAGAUGUUCCACUGUCUCCCUCACUCCACAAACACAACAUCAGUCAGAUGGUCUUCCACAAGAUCCGGAAAGAGGACCUCGUCAUUAAUGAGAGUCUGGGCCAAGGGACUUUCACCAAGAUCUUCUGCGGGGUGAGGAAAGAGCUGCGUGACUACGGAGAGAUACACCAGAUAGAUGUUGUUAUCAAGAUCCUGGACAAGGCUCACCGCAACUAUUCAGAGUCCUUCUUUGAAGCAGCCAGUAUGAUGAGCCAGUUCUCCCACAAGCACUUAUUACUCAACUUUGGCGUGUGUGUUUGUGGCAAUGAGAACAUGAUGGUGCAGGAGUAUGGUAAAUUUGGCUCACUGGACACCUACCUGAAAAAGAACAAAAGCGGUGUAAACAUCACCUGGAAGCUGGAAGUGGCCAAGCAGCUAUCCUGGGCUAUGCACUACCUGGAGGACAAAAACCUCAUUCAUGGAAAUGUUUGCGCCAAGAAUGUUCUUUUGAUCAGAGAGGAGGAUCGGACGAUGGGCAGCCUGCCCUUCAUCAAACUCAGUGACCCGGGAAUCAGCAUCACUGUGCUGCACAAAGAAGUUCUGGUGGAGCGUAUCCCAUGGGUGCCCCCGGAGUGCGUUGAAAACCCCCAGAACCUGAGUUUAGCCACAGACAAGUGGGGAUUUGGGACGACCCUUUGGGAGAUCUGCAGUGGCGGAGACAAACCACUCAGCACCCUGGACUGCUCCAAGAAAAUCCUGUUCUAUGAGGACAGGCACCAGCUGCCAGCUCCUAAAUGGACAGAGCUGGCCAACCUGAUCAACAGCUGCAUGGACUAUGAGCCCUCACACCGACCCUCCUUCAGAGCAAUUAUCAGAGAUCUCAACAGCCUCUUUACACCAGACUAUGAGCUGCUGGUAGAGAGCGACAUGGUGCCAAACAGGACAAGAGGCUUCGGCUUCCCGUGGGCCUCUGAGAGCCAGGAGCCGGCCCAGUUUGAGGAGAGGCACCUCAUCUUUCUCAAGCAGCUGGGAAAAGGAAACUUUGGUAGUGUGGAGAUGUGCAGGUACGACCCCCUGCAGGACAGCACAGGGGAGGUGGUGGCCGUGAAGAAACUUCAGCACAGCACAGCCGAGCACCUCAGGGACUUUGAGCGGGAAAUUGAGAUCCUCAAAUCCCUCCAGCAUGAAAACAUUGUCAAAUACAAAGGAGUCUGCUACAGUGCAGGACGAAGGAACCUACGGCUGGUCAUGGAGUAUCUCCCCUACGGCAGCUUGAGAGAUUAUCUCAUCAAACACAAGGAGCGCUUUGAUUUCAACAAACUGCUGCACUAUGCAUCACAGAUUUGCAAGGGUAUGGACUACCUUGCCACUAAGCGAUACAUCCACAGAGACCUGGCCACCAGGAACAUUCUGGUGGAGAGCGAGAUGAGGGUGAAGAUCGGAGAUUUUGGCCUGACGAAGGUGCUGCCACAGGACAAGGAGUACUACACCGUCAGAGAGCCGGGAGAAAGCCCCAUCUUCUGGUAUGCUCCAGAGUCGCUGACAGAGAGCAAGUUCUCUGUUGCAUCAGACGUUUGGAGUUUCGGCGUCGUCCUCUACGAACUCUUCACUUACAGCGACAAGAACUACAGCCCACCUGCGGUGUUUAUGGAGAAAAUGGGAAAUGAAAAGCAGGGCCAGAUGAUUGUCUACCAUCUGAUAGACCUGCUGAAACAGGGAUACAGGUUGCCUGCUCCAGAUAGCUGUCCAAAGGAGAUUCACAAGAUCAUGACAGAGUGCUGGAGCAGUGAACCAGCUCUGCGCCCUACUUUCAAGACAUUAAUCCACAGUGUGGAGACUGUAAGAGACAGCAAGGACGGAUGAGCGCCAUUGAUCCCUGAACCUUUGACCUUUAGGUGUUGACUCCCGGGAGUCAGUCGUCACAGAUCUUAACGGAAACACGAAUGCCUUUGUGAAGUCUGGGUUUACAGCACAGAUGCAGUUACUCAUUAGAAGUUUAGGUGUUUUGUUUUUCUUUUGGUGUUCUGCACGUCGGUCAGCCUAUUUAACAUUUACUCAAAUAAGGAUGGUAAUAUCCACCGUCUUUGCAGUUUACCCACUUCUGUCUAUGUUAUAUACAGGUUAUCUGAUUCAUAAUUAGUACACUACAUCUGAUUCAGACACAAAACCAAAGACUUAUCAAAUGCAGUUAAGUCUUAACUGCAAGUCUAAGUAUUUGUUUGUGGUGCUUAAGUUCCAGUGUUGUAUACCCAAAGGUAAAAAGGUACCACACAAACAUAGAUCUUCAGGACAAGCUGACCAAUCUCCAUUUCACUCAUUUAUUCUGGACAUAUCCAACAAAUGAUUUAACAUCAGCCUUCAAGUGGCCUUCAACAGAGAGUGAAAGAAAAUGGAAAUCAUGUCUUUUUUAUACAAGAGUUGAUAGUUCAUUGGUUCAAAGGGAAACUUUUUGUUGUUUUGCUUUCCUCUAUGUUGACAGUUAGCAAAUCAAGUAACAUGUCCAGAAUAAAUUGAGAUUAGUGAGCUUCAGGUAUUCAACAUUGGAUACAUCAGGUGACUUUAAGAGCAUUUCAUAAUGGGAUUAAUCAUUUUUUUGUGUUUUUUUGCACAUGGUGUUUUACAAAUUGAAUUCGACGAGUCAGGGAAGUGAGAUACUUCUUUUGUUUAACCAAAGACGCCAUGGGAUUCUUAACGCCAUCUGAAUGCACACCUCAACUUCAAUGCAAUGCUCUUGUGUGGUCAGACUUUUAAGGACUGGGACUGAAGAGGGAUCCAGGGAGACUUCUGCUUGAUAGUUUUAAGAAAGGCCAUAAAUGUAGAGCACCAGCUGAGCUUCUGUCACAAGGGGAUUCAUUAUGAACAUCUCUAAAGGUGUUUUACAUCAAGUUACAUUUGUGCCGUUACAUUGGACUUGUGUUGAACAAGUAUUCAUUGCACAUCGAGGAUGAUUCUGUGUAUUUUCUGCAAAAGCAAAAGCACCAAGAGGGCUUUUUGACAUGUGUUAGUUUGCUACGACUGUCAUCUGUUUACAUAAAACAUGCAAAAAAAAUCGAGAGCAUUGGAGAGAGCAAUAACAACUCAGUAAUCUAUUUGAAAACUGGGUCUCAUAGUGUCAUAUCUUGAACUAGUACAGUAACAUUCUUGUUUUUGAAACUGGAAAUUAUGUGUAAUGAGUAUAUAUAUAUAUUUUAUAAAUACAGUAUGAAGGUUCCACUGUUACAAGGCCAUACUAUCUUGUCUGUAAAUACUAAUGUGAAAAAUGUACUUUCUGAAGAUUGAAAAAAAAUAAUGAAGGGAGAUGCUUUUAUUUUCUCUGUUUUAUUUAAAAUCUUUGACUUUCGUUCAUUAUUUUUCCACCCAUUUAAAGUUGAACGGCUUGUUUCUAUAUGCUUGAUGCAUAUGCGUUACGAUGUGCAUUAUAUUAUCAGCCACAAAUAUAUCAGUGGUGAGAUAGUUUGUUUUUUUAUGGUUUUUAUUUCCAUUUUUAAAAACCCUUUAUGUGCCAAAUAUUAAUGACUUCUAUGAACAGAAUGUAAUUUAUGGAACAGCAUCUUUCUAAUUUUGACCGAUUAUUACUUAAAAACACUUUCAAAUGUUUUUUAUGCCAUCAAAGGGACAAACACAAAAUGUCAAAGGACAGACGGGCACCCUCUCACCUCGCUAAGAAUGAGUCACUGUAAAGAGCAAAGCCUUCUCACUUAUGAACAUUGUGUGUGUGUCUGUCAGCUCCCACGCUCUAACCUCUGGGCAGUAUCACGCCCGUCUGAAUAUUCUGGUCACAUCAAGUCUUUUGUGAAUGAGAAAUUGUCAGUUUGUUAAAUAGUGCCAAGACAGAAAAUGUUGCUGGCAUACAAACAUUAUUGUGAUAUAUGUACAUUGACAUGUAAGAGCAAAUAUAAUUAUUUUGUGAAAUAUCAUUUUUUUAGCCAAAGAUUUCCAGAAAAACAGGACAUUUAACCAGAUUUAACUGGUGGAUUUUUCAAUUUAUUUAAAUUUUUAGUUGUCAAAGACAUUAAGCCUGGUUCUGUCAUCUGAUGGCAACAUGCACCUACCUUUAAUACAAUUAUGAGUUAAUAGAUGUACAUAUUGAAACAUGGAUAUGUUGUAUAUUCCAUUUGUAUAUAAUUUCAUUAAACAAAACUUCUUGUGGUAAUA